CCUUAGUCGAGAUGAAAUGGCGCCGCCGCCGGUGCUGCUGCUGCCACGGUGGCUCCUAGUAGUCGGAGGAGUGACGUCCGCAGCCAAACCUCGCAGGUUCUCCAACUAUUCCCUCCCUGGCAUUGGGCUCGGCUCAUCCAACAGCAGCAGCACAAGGAGCAGAAGCAGCAGCAGGCGCUUCUCCUCCAACGCCGAGCAGUCCACCGGAAGCCGGCGGAGGUGGUGGUCCGACGAGGCCCAGUUCGACGACAACGACGAAGAAUUCGAGGAGGACGAGGAGGAGGGCUUCUCGUUUGGUGGCGGGUCUGCGAGCUGGGGCCAGGCGUUCGACGAGCCAUGGUUCACCAAGGCGUCGCGGGCGUACGGGUACGUGCUCCCGGUGGUUCUGGUGUCCAUGCUGGCGGCCUCGGGGCCGCAGGCGUUCCUGAUGGCCAUGGCCAUCCCGCUCGCCCAGUCUGCCGUCUCCUUGGCCAUCCGCGCCUUCUCCAACACAUCAUCUUGGGGCCGCCGUAACCAAGAGGAGUACGAUGACGACUAUUAUUCCGAUUACAGAAGCAGCGGCUGGGAGGAACCCGAACAAGAAGAAUACAGCAACACCUCCUCGGCCAAGUAUAAAGAUAGCAGCAGGAGCCAACAGCAGCAGCCAUGGGCCAAGGGUGGCAAGUCUGAAGAUGCAGAACCAACGGUGGAUUCAGAUAAUACUGACAGUGCCAGCAGCAGCUACGGUAGCGGCAGCAGUGCUGGUUUUGGAGGAUGGGACGAGCUCGACGCCGGCAACGACGUCCAGUACCGCAGCAGCGGCAGCAGCAGGCGGAGUGCAGGAGCGUCGCCCGCGGCGGAUAAAGCUUCUGCUGCUGCUACUGGUGGUGCGGCGAGAUCAAUGAGUAGGAGGAGGCCACAGCCAGAAAGGAGGAGACCAAGAAGCAGAGCAGCUGCAGCUGCGAGGUACAGGCAGUCGCCCCUGUUCAUGCGCCUGCUCGUCGCCCUCUUUCCGUUCCUCGGUUCAUGGUUCAGAAUUAUGCUCUGAAACAAAGACAGCCAUUCAUUUCUUUCCUCCUUAGCACAUUUGAUGUCUGUAUGCAUGUGUAUGUGACUCGGUCAUCACCAUCGACUAUAUAUUCACAUAACGAAUUGUGAUGAACAAUCAA